AUGCGAUACUCGAGCGCCUCCUUCUCCCUCGAACGCACACCACCAGUCGUCUCCUCCGUCCGAGCCGAAUACCUCGACGACCUGCGACGACAAGCACGGCCGCUGUACAAGGUCAAGCGGUUCGUGCGACGGUGUUUCGGAGUCAAGGAGGAGAAAAAGGAACGCAAAGUCCAGUCGUUCAAAGCUCAUGUCCGCCGCACGACGUCGAAUAUGACAAUCGCGCCUUCGAGUCGCUCAUCGGGGAGCGCCUACUCCGAUGAGUCCUCGCCCGCUUUUCCUGCGUCGACUCUGACCACGAGUCUGGAGGGCGACGUACCGAAGGACGACCUCGGCGACUCGGACUUCGAAGACGACCUCGCAUCGCCGCGCCGACGCUGCUCCACCCUUCCCGUCUGCCUCCGCCGCGAAUGGCGUUCCUUCUCGCCUCGACAACCGGUCCCUCCGCUCACUGCCUUCCCUAGCCUGGCCGUGAACGAUAUCCUGAACUGCUUUCCCUCUCCGCCUUCUCCCUCUACGUCCUACAAGAAGCUGUACAUCUCCACCACCACCCGAGCGAGCCAACGAGGAUGCGCGGACGAGGUGAUGGACGAGGCGGACGAGUGCGUCGACUGGGUCAAGUGGCUGGAUGAGUGGUGGAGGAUCCAAGAUGUCGGGGAGGUCAAGCAGGAGGUCGUGCGCGGGGGGAGGAGGGCGAGGAAGGAGAGUUUGCCUGCGGGGCGAGGUCAGACGUGA